AUGCCUCGAUUCUUGAUUAGUGCGAGAUGGUUCUUGCGACGACGCAGCGGCAAAACCGGGACGCAAUCGUCCUCCGAUAGGUCAAUUGAAUCUCUUGAGACGGGCGAGUAUCAACAAGCUGAACUUAGCCUGAUGCACUCAAUCUACGGAGACCCAGCUUCUUCGCUCGCUCCGAAAUCGACAAUGACUAAGACCACCGAUCUGCAGUCCCAUAUGUCAACGACUGCUUGCCCACAGCCAGGGCAACCCCUAGUGAACCUCAACUCGAGAUCUGAAAGUGUGGGAACAGAGUUCGACUUACCUGUUCGAUCCCUUUCGACCUCGACUGGACCGGCCCGUUCAACCAUAUUCGAUCAUUGCGCCGCAAAUCGGUCGUCUGCUAUAAACUCAGCUCUGAAUCUAGUUGCCGAUACUCUUUCCGCCAUCUACUCCAAGUGCUUGAUUUACCCUAAAGGUGAAUACACGUUUCCAAACAUCCGUCCUGUAAGAGAGCUCUCGGGGAACCUUCCUGCGCAGAUCACAUACAGCUACGAGAAGAACGAGUGCUACCGCUUGUAUCUGUAUCAAGACGAGGAUGGUGGCCAUGCUCAAAAAGCGAUCGCAAGCGGACAACGAUUGAUCAGCCGAGUCGAAUAUGUACAAAUCGGGCCGUUCGGUGAUAUCUCAUCGACCAAACACCUACCAAGUACGAUAACUCGUCAAGAGUAUUCGCACUUACUCAACAUGCUACAGCAGCCGCUCACUUACUGGAAUCCAGCCCCUAUGCUGAGACGAGAUGAGGCACUCAGAAUUGUUAUUCUGAAGCUUGCCCGGAAUGAUGAGCAGAAACGGAUAGAGGUCGACUUUCAGCUUUUCCUUAGACCAGGUUUGGCACAGGGUGAUCUCGACCGAUCUGUGGACCGUCCUGGAGAAUCUUAUCUGUCUCGAAAUUCGGCUCCCGAAUCUAGUGCUGCUCUUGCUGCUGCAGACCCUGAACUGAAUAUUGUUCAUAACCGACCUCCAUCACUCAUGCACGACCAGCACCUUGAACUCGCAGCCAUGUUCUGGAAAUUGAUCGACGACCUCGAAUUCGAGCAUCAGAAGCGGAAUCAGGCCGGUAGUCCACUCUUCUUAGCAAGUGGGUGCAGAGGAGUGGCAAAAGAGUUCCACCUCUCAAUCAAGAUUGAGGAUGGUCGACUUGAAGCGUGGGAGUCACUCGCGCAUCGCUUGGAUUCCCUGAAGUUGCCUCGCUUACGCUACCCAGAAAUCAAGAACAAAAGACUUCCACGAAACAUCAGUUUCGAAGCCGAAAAGAUCGACAUCUUGACCGCUCCUGUUGACCGUUCCAACCUGAAAUGUGAUUGGGAAAAUUUCACUCUGGAAAGAUGUAGCAUUAAGAGCCAAAAGAAAGACAGGAACAGCGGAUCUGCUCUUUCUGUCCAAGAGUACGAAGCCGCUGCGUUGAGGGUCAUCCGCGAGACUCAAAAGUUUCACUUUCCCGACAUGGAUGUCUCAAUACUCUUGGCCAAUGUUUGCCAAUGGACCGAGAACGUUCGCACCAGCCAGGUGCCCAUCAUCGACUACCACGACACGCAAGCUUGGGUCAACCACCUCACUUCGGGCUUGGACGAUUUCAACCUCCUUCUUGUUUAA